GCAUGGCUGCCGCCAGUCCUGUGAGUCCGCUUGCCUACCCCUCCUGCAGCGGGGACGGGACUCCCUGCCCCCCGCCCGCCCCAGCUCCGUUCUCUGGUCAGGCUGGGGAGGCUGAGGGUGAAGUCCUGAAGUGGGAGAAGGAGGAGAAAGAGGAAGAGGAAGAGGAGGCAGCACUAGCACCAGCAGAAGCGUUGAUGAGAGAGAAGGCUCUGAACUCUCCCACCGGUCUGCAGUCCCUUAGGAGGAGGGCCCGGGGCAGAGGCCCAGCGGAGGUCAAGGAGGAGUUGCACCCCCUGCAGAGCAGGUGGGCUCUGUGGUUCUUCAAGAACGACCGAAGCCGGGCCUGGCGCGAUAACCUGCAUCAGAUCACCAAGUUUGACACAGUGGAGGACUUCUGGGCGUUGUACAGUCACAUCAAGCUGGCCAGCAAGCUCUCUGCAGGCUGUGACUACGCCCUGUUCAAGGAUGGCGUCGAGCCCACAUGGGAAGACGCCCGGAAUAAGCGGGGUGGCCGCUGGCUGAUCAGCCUCGCCAAAGAGCGGCGUCACAUCGAGCUGGACCGCCUGUGGCUGGAGACGCUGAUAUGUCUCAUUGGGGAGAGCUUUGAGGAGUUCGGCAGGGAGGUGUGUGGGGCUGUCGUCAACAUCCGGGCCAAGGGAGACAAGAUUGCAGUGUGGACUCGAGAGGCAGAGAACCAGACGGCCGUGCUCCACAUCGGGCGUGUCUACAAAGAGCGUCUGGGACUCUCCACAAAGACCAUCAUUGGGUACCAGGCCCAUGCAGACACAGCUACCAAGAGCAACACCCUGGCCAAGAACAAGACCCUGGCCAAGAACAAGACCCUGGCCGAGGGCAACACCCUGGCCAAGAGCAAGUUUUCGGUGUGAGAGAGCCUGGGCUCCGUAGCCCAUUCGACACCUCUGAGCCCCUGACCACUGCGUUGGGGAAGUGUCCCAGGCAGGCCUGGGGUGAGGGCUGAGGGCUGCUCCGAACCUGGUCUGGAGUGAACACGAACGCUCUUUAACAUGA